AUGAAUGCUACUUAUUCAGAGCUUAAUAUUUUCGGAGGUGGGCUGAUCAAUCUACGUGCUUUAUUAAGCGCCUAUCAGGACAUCGACUAUGAAGGUUUCAAGUGGUUUCUGGACACCUUUCUCGAAGUAUCCACGCCUGAUGAACUAUCAAGACAUUUGUUUCUCUCGUUCGUACGCCGUGACAAGCGGCCAGCGUUACGCGAAAUGGCGGCCGCGAGCUCCACUGCCGCCUGCGCUGCUGUCACCGCACAUGGCGAUCAUCAGGGAAAGUUAAGUCUAGCUUCGAAGAUCCAUGGUCUGGCAGAAAGAUUGCAGCAGCUAGGCAAAAGCUCCAGUGACUCUGUGGAUGGAGAUAAGGGGUCUAGGAGUAGAACUGGCAGCGUUCACCCAAUGUUCUCAGUAACAACCCAUCCGUCCUACUCCGCUCACGAACUGGGCGUCGGCAGGAAUGAGACCAGUCCUUCUCAUAGUCAGAUGUCCAGGAACUCCAGCAGGAAGAGCAGCAACUCGCUACGAGUCAACCAGUCUACUAAGAUCGAAGACUUUAAGCUCCUAAUGCGUCGGUCAUCGACUGUGGAAGUUCACACCGCUCGGGUUUCACUUAAGGAUAUCGUGUGUUACUUAUCCUUGCUGGAAGCUGGUAGGCCUGAAGAUAAACUGGAAUUCAUGUUUCGCCUAUACGACACGGACGGCAACGGUGUAUUGGACACAAAUGAAAUGGACUGCAUCGUGAACCAAAUGAUGACGGUCGCCGAGUACCUUGGUUGGGAGACAUCUGAAUUACGACCCAUUCUCCAAGACAUGAUGGUAGAAAUUGACUAUGAUGCCGAUGGCACUGUCUCUCUUGAUGAGUGGAAACGCGGAGGAAUGACUACAAUCCCGCUACUAGUACUCCUCGGUUUGGACACGAAUGUCAAAGAGGAUGGAGAACACGCGUGGAGGCUUAAGCAUUUCAAUCGCCCUGCUUAUUGUAAUCUGUGUUUGAACCUCCUGGUAGGGCUUGGAAAGAAAGGGCUGUGUUGUAUUUUUUGUAAAUUCACCGUCCACGAGCGUUGCGUUCAGCGUGCGCCUGCGUCGUGUAUCGCAACGUAUUGUAAAGCGAGACGAGCGCCCUCUACGCUCGCGCAUCACUGGAUUGAAGGAAAUUGUCACGGAAAAUGUGCGCGUUGCCGGAAAAAGAUUAAAGGCUACAAUGGCAUUACUGGACUCCACUGUCGCUGGUGUCACAUUACUCUCCACAAUCGCUGUGUGGGCAGUGCUGGUGGAGCGUGUACCCUGGGUCGUCACGCGAAACACAUCCUUCCCCCCACCGCCAUACGACCCUUGGUCUUGGAUCGACAGCGCUCUUUGCCUCAUAAGCCGCAGCCGGAACAGCAAACUCUUCCUAUCUCCAUCUCCCUGCCGAUCUCAAUCUCCGCGGGGGCAGAGGAGAAGAUAGAGCAAAAGAAGGAGCACCGAGCUCCACCGAUCUCCUUCCAGAUAACACCUCCAGAGGGAACUUGUCCCCUUCUCGUAUUCAUCAACCCCAAAAGUGGGGGGAGACAAGGAUCUAGAGUGCUGAGAAAGCUCCAGUACAUCUUGAACCCGCGUCAGGUUCAUGAUAUUGCCAAGGGUGGUCCUAUGCAAGGCCUACAAAUGUUCAAAGAUGUCAAGAACUAUAGAGUCAUAUGUUGUGGUGGUGAUGGUACUGUCGGCUGGGUUUUGGAAACUAUGGACAAGAUUGAAAUGGAGAUGCAACCCGCAGUCGGGGUAAUACCACUAGGCACUGGCAACGAUCUGGCUCGUUGUUUGCGGUGGGGUGGGGGAUACGAAGGCGAAUCAAUACACAAGAUAUUGGAUAAAAUAGCUCGGGCAAGCACCAUCAUGAUGGACCGGUGGCAGAUACAUGUCGAGAAUAUGACGCAUGACUGCGAAUUGGUGCAAAUGCCUGACUCCGCGCCCCAUCCCACUUCAGUGCCAUAUAACAUCAUUAAUAAUUACUUUUCUAUUGGAGUAGACGCAGCAAUUUGCGUAAAGUUCCACACGGAGCGUGAAAGGAAUCCCGACAAGUUCAGUUCUCGGAUGAAAAAUAAAUUGUGGUACUUUGAGUUUGCGACGUCUGAGCAAUUCGCCGCCAGCUGCAAGAAUUUACACGAGAAUAUAGAUAUCGUUUGUGACGGGUCAUCACUGGAACUAAACAAGGGACCGGCAUUGCAAGGUGUGGCAUUACUAAAUAUCCCGUACGCACACGGUGGCUCAAAUCUAUGGGGCGCCAGUGGGGCUCAUAGGAGAGGGCGAUUUCCUAAUGCGCAACAAGAUAUUGGCGAUAAGCUUAUUGAAGUUAUAGGAUUAGAAAACUGUCUGCAUAUGGGACAAGUGCGGACGGGUCUUCGUGCAUCUGGUCGUCGAUUAGCGCAAUGCAGCUCCAUCACCAUCACCACGAAGAAGACCUUCCCCAUGCAGAUUGAUGGAGAACCUUGGAUGCAGACUCCUAGCAAGAUAACUAUAACACACAAGAACCAAGUUCCUAUGCUGAUGGGACCAGCUCCGGAGAAGGGCAGGGGAUUCUUCAAACUGUUCACGCAUUGUUAA